AUGGCUGCCAUGGCCGCGGCUCCACUGCUUCGGGUCGCCUCCCAAGCCUUCAACGACCCCGCCGACAUUCGCGCCACCAUCAGCAAGCCGCCCCUCGCCGCAAACCUUCGCGACCAGCUUCCACUGCUUCGCUGCCGGAAAAGACGACUGAAAGUGGCAGUAGUUGGUAUGCCAAAAACCAUAGAUAAUGAUAUUCUGCUAAUGGAUAAAACUUUUGGUUUUGAUACUGCUGUUGAAGAAGCACAUCGUGCAAUAAAUUCAGCAUACAUUAAGGCACAUAGUGCUUAUCAUGGUAUUGGCAUAGUCAAAUUGAUGGGGCGUAGUAGUGGAUUUAUAGCCAUUCAUGUCGCGCUUGCUAGUGGACAAAUUGAUAUAUGUUUGAUCCUAGAGGUACCUUUUAAUUUACAUGGACCGCAUGGUGUCCAAAGGCAUAUGAAAUACCUAAUUGAAACAAAGGGAUCAGCUGUUGUCUGUGUGGCAGAGGGAGCAAGGCAGAUAAAUGAUACAUAUGUAUAUGUUGCAGUCCCAUGA